AGCCACCACAGCGCGCUCUCCCAACAAACAGAGAGCCAAACGAGAGCUAAAAGGCUGCCCCCGCGCCACCAGAACCAAAGGACGCAGCCAACGCCAAGAAGAUGCCGGGCCGGGAGCGCGUGACGGCCUACAACCGCAGCGCCAUGAAGCCCCUGCCCUCACCAAGGAUGGGCGGCAAGAGCGACACGCUCUUCGCCAUGACGUCGCCGCCCGUCCGGCGCGUUUUGUUUGACGACAAGCCCAAGGUCUCGAUGAAGGGCGACGACUUCACGGAGCCGCUCUGGAGGGAAGGCCCGGUCACGGAGGAGGAGCGGCAGGCUCGACUGCUGGAAGAGCAGGAGGAAGAAGCGCUCAAGGCCGGCGCGAAGGCGGACAUCUUCGAGGAAGUGGAGGAGGAGGAAGUUGAGGAGGGCGAUGAUGACCUCGACGCAGUAAACGACCUGCCGUUGCACCGGGCCUGCGAGGACGGCGACACGCAGCGCGCGCGAAAAUGUUUAGAUGAGGGCGCGAAUGUUGUGGAGACGGACGAGAACGGCUGCUGCGCGUUGUUUCUCGCGGCGGAGCGGGCCCACGUCGACUGCAUGCGGUUGUUGUUGCAGCACGGCGCGGGCGUCGACCAGGCGGCGAAUCACGGGGCCACGCCUUUGAUCAUCGCGUGCUGCAACGGUCAUGUCGACGCGGCGCGGAUAUUGCUGGAUAAAGGAGCGGAUCUCAAAAGGCGGACCAAGGGCGGGAGGGACGCUUUAGGUGCCGCGGCGCAGAUGGGCCGCGCCGGGUGUGUGACGCUGUUGGUGGACAAGGGCGCGAAGAUCGACGCGCGCGACGGGAAAGGCGCCACGCCAUUGUACAUGGCGGCGCAGGACGGCCACGACGAGGUCGUUUCCAAACUAAUUGAUCUGGGGGCCGACGUCGACCUGCGAGACGACGAGGGCACGUCGCCGCUCUGGAUCGCUUCUGCCGCGGGCCACGACCUCGCCGUGGAAGCGUUGAUCGAGGCCAAGGCCGACGUCAAUUGUGGGGACAAUUUUGGGAGCACGCCGCUCUUCGCGGCGGCCCAGGAGGGCCGGACGGCCUGCGCUCGAUUGUUGCUGCAAAAUGGCGCCGAGGCGGGCCUCUCCGUCUGGGCGGCGGCGCGCCAGGGCCACUUCGAGGUCGCGCGUUUACUAAUAGCGCACGGCGCGGACGUCGACAAGCCCUCGAACGACGGGUCGACGCCCGUCAAGGCUGCGCGCGCGGCGGGGUACGACGACGUGGCCGAUUUAUUAAUCGGCGCGGGCGCGCGGGACGGCAAGCUGCCCUUCGUGACGGCGUGACGCUAAGUAAUUUUACGAUCACUAGUAA